UUUUGACGCCGAGAGUCGAACCGACUUCAAUCUGUGCAGUGAUAUCGCGCCGCGUUCAACCAGACAUGGUUCAAAGAAGGGGUCUGCGGCGAGUUUAGCCCUCUAGGAAAAGCCAACCAGAGAACCAGAGAGGAGGCAGAACGCGAGGUUUCUCCGAGCGGGUAGCUGUAAAUGCAGGGCUCCCUGACCUCCCAGCAUUAGGAUCUGUGAGGCUGGGAGAGACGACACCCAGCCGUCCACUUGACCUAACAUGAUGGCCUCCAGCGACGUAGACGUCCGUGGUGAAGGUUCUUUCUUCUCUGACCAAAAUCCCUCAGAGAUGGAUGCGCUUUGUCCCUCUCCGCCUGGACCCUCCAGACCCCAACGUAACUACGAGAGAAUUGGAGAACGGACGGGAACCUCUUUUUGUCAGACUCUUAUCCACCUGUUGAAAGGGAACAUCGGUACGGGGCUGCUGGGGCUGCCUCUGGCUGUCAAGAAUGCAGGCCUGGUGCUCGGGCCCAUCAGCCUGCUGUGUAUGGGUGUUAUAGCAGUCCACUGUAUGAGGCUGCUGGUGAAAUGUUCCCACCACCUCAGUGUAAAGAUAAACAGGCCGUCUCUGACCUACGGGGAGGCUGUGCAGUAUGGGAUGGAAAACGUUUCAUGGCUGAGGAGACAUUCACAGUUGGGAAAACAGACGGUGAACUUGUUUCUAAUCAUCACCCAGCUGGGCUUCUGCUGCGUCUACUUCGUCUUCCUCAGUGACAAUAUCAAGCAGGUGGUAGAAGCAGCCAACGCCACCACCUUCAGCUGCCAAAUGAACUACACCAACCAGACCCAGAUCCUGGUGCCGAGCUUCGACUCGCGUCUCUACAUGCUCUGCUUCCUGCCUUUCUUCAUCCUGCUGGUUUUCACCCCCAACCUGAAGUACCUGGCUCCCCUCUCUCUGGUCGCAAACCUCGUCAUGACCGCCAGCUUGAUCCUCAUCUACUUCUACUCGCUCACGAACAUCACAUACCCCAUCAACCUACCUGAAGUCGGCAGAGCAAAAGACUACCCUCUCUUCUUUGGGACAGCCAUCUUUGCCUUCGAAGGGAUCGGAGUGGUUCUUCCCCUGGAGAACAAGAUGCAGAAGCCACAGAGUUUCAUCCCAGUUCUUUAUUUGGGGAUGGGCAUUGUCACCUUUCUCUAUAUCAGCCUCGGCACCAUAGGAUAUAUGUGCUUUGGAGAGCACAUAGGAGGGAGCAUCACUCUCAACCUGCCAAACUGCUGGACAUACCAGGCUGUGAAGCUGCUGUACUCUUUUGGUAUUUUCAUCACGUUCGCCCUGCAGUUCUAUGUUCCAGCAGAGAUUCUCAUACCACCGGUAUUGGCUCGCGUGUCAGCGAGGUGGGAGAGAGCUGUCGACCUGUUGCUCCGCACCGUCUUGGUCAUCUUCACAUGUGCCCUCGCCAUCCUCAUACCUGAGCUGGACCUUGUCAUCUCAUUGGUCGGCUCGGUCAGCAGCAGUUUCCUGGCUCUGAUCUUUCCACCCAUCCUUCAGAUUUUAGCCUUUCACACAGAGGGCCUGUCGCCCCUGGUGACCAUCAAGAACGUCGCCAUCAGCCUGGUUGGUUUGAUUGGGUUCGUCACAGGAACCUACAUCGCCAUCGAGCAAAUCAUCGCCCGUAACGGACUCAAACAUGAAGAGACAUUCACCUCCUACAUGGUCCAGUGAUGAAGCAAACUGACUGACGGCCAUUUAGAAACCAUUUUCAUGUUUUUGAUCGUUGAUUUGCUCCUUUUUGGAUAUGGUGUCCAUUUUAAGUCUCAUCAAAUGUUUAAGCAUUAUGAAGCUGUAAGGACUUGUGGUACUCCCCUACAGUGUCCUGUCGUAUCUGACAUACACGACUAGUGGCAGUUACUCACUCACACUUCAUCAAGUCCAGCCAUUUAGUGCAAUAUAGUAAUAUAAUUAUGAUAAAAACAAAAUCAUUCCUUCAGGUAGGAAAUACCUUCAAAAGAAUUUAAGAGAAUUGAAGGUGUUCAGAGGUAAUUUAUCAUUUCGACAGCCUGAAUAUAUUGAUGUAUAAUAUUUCAGUCAAAACAUCAAACUACCUCACAAAGGAUUUGGUAUUUCGAAACAUCCAGAUUAGACUAUGUUGCUGAGAUUGUGGGGUCUUGUAACCCUGAAACAGCUUCUCAUAUAGAGCUUGUAUAUUUUGAGCAACCACCUCCAUUGAGGGGGGGGGGGGAAAGGAGGGGGGAAAAAAAAUCUACAGUUUUUGUUGCACUUUGAUUUAUGCCUUAUUCAGUGAAAGCGGCUCACUACAUAGACAACACAUCACGUAACUGUAACUGUUGCAAAAGAUUUUAUUUUAUAACAAAAGGGUUUGGGUGUCAAUGGUUCUGAUUUGAAGCCUGUUUCAAAUUAAUAGGAACCAUGGAUUCUUUGGGAUUUGUGCUUUUUGAUUUCUCUUAUUGAAUCUUGUCAGGAGGUUAGGACCUGGUGCACACUGUGUUCAUCACUGGCGGGCAUGCUUAAAAGUAUGGAAGUAAAUUACAUUCACUAAAGGAAAAAAAA